AUGAAUCUCCUCAAAAAUGAGAAGAAAUAUGGUGGAGAAGAACCACCAGAUAAUGUGCCUGUCAAUGUAUGUUAUGCUAUCAUAUAUGGAGGUUCGAUAAUUGUGCCGAACGAGAGGAGCUUCCAAGCCAUAAUUUAUACGCAUGGUUAUUAUGGAUGUUACUUAAAUGAGCGAAUUGAUCGAAUCAAUCAUAGACUUUUGCUGGAGAAAGCAGAUGAGAGUGAUAACAUCGUAAAACGGCUCAAUGACCCGGAAGGAGUGUGGAGGGAUAGGAAACCAACUCAUGAACGUCUUUAUCUCAGUCCUGAAGAGACCAUUUUCUUAUCAAUCGAUAUGAAUGUGUUGGUGGUAUCUGAGAACAAGAAGGAACUCACCCCAGGUAAGGUUUACUGA